AAAGUUGUUGAAAGGAUAUUUGCACCUUCUGUCGUGCAACUUGUGUCGCAGUGAAUAAUUCAUGCGCGGGGAUUCCCCCAUUCUCCCCAUAUCGACCCGCGCUAUGAAAUGUGGGACGUGCCGCGAACGACCCGUCACGCUUGUCUCGUGUGUGUCUGUGUGCCCAACGUAGAACCAAUGUUAAGCCCGUCCCUUUAAUCUUUGCUUAUCUUGCGGUGAUUUCAGCACGUUUUCAGUGAAUCAUUCCGGGAAUAUGAAAAAGAUUCGAGGAUACGUGUUCCGUUGUGCGUUUAUUUUUGUUUGAAUUCAAUGUUUCAGAAUCAGUAUUCUUGCUACUGGUGCACUCGAAAGGAAAAUUCAAACCACAGCUGUGAGUGUGUUUUGAUGAUUUUCGGCUUAACUUUCUUUCUAGUGGAUACUCUAUUCAUCCUGUCUCUGGUCCAUCGUGUGACUUUUGAGCAUUCGUUUUCCGGAAUCAAAUGCUAGAAGAAGCUGAAGGAGAAAGUUGGUGUGUGUGAAACUCAUUGUUGUCCCAUUUGUAGAACGCGAGGGCAUUGCCUUUUCUGUUGUGGUUUAAGUAUAAAAAAAAAGUAAAUAGCUUUCUUCGAUAUUUAUACAAUCGUUUGUGAUUUUCAACGUGCAUUGAGCAUUGACCAUUAAAAAUUCUCAUUUGGAAUGCACGUAUUUCUUGAUCACAUGAUUGCACUUUCUUUGUAAUAAAUACUUGGUAAGAACGAAAAAGGAAGAUCUUGUAGAACAGAUAGCGCAUUCGUCAGAGUGACUCUGUUACGGUGACCUUUUACUGUGACGUGGGCUGUGUUGUGGCAGGGCCUUGAGCAAGCAUGAUCCGGCGCGCCAACAGUUGGCGUGAGCUGGGUGGUGGUGGGGAGGCCAGCAGUUUUGGCGUGCCCCUCUCCCCUACGUGGAAUGGCGUAGGAUACCACCCAGAGCCUCCAUCGUCUGGCUACAGAGAAACUGGUUCAUAGAAAAGUUCAAGGAGAUCAAAGAGCUGACCCGACAAGCGGCCCAACUCAAGCAAGGGGACGUGAAUGGCGCAGUGGACAACCACGCCCCCUCCCCACAGAUGGGACGUCAGCAUCUGCAUCAACGCACCAACAGCCUGUCCUCUAUACAGAGUGACUCUGGCAAUCUGCGAGAACGAAGGAACUCAUUCACUCAGGGAGGCAGCAAUGGUCAUCCAGCAAAUGCCCCCACGGAGGCCCAGCUCAAGUAUGAGAAUGACCGGCUCAAACUGGCCCUGGCACAGAGUUCUGCCAAUGCCAAGAAAUGGGAGGUAGAACUCCAGACCCUGAAGAACAACAAUGCCCGAUUGACGGCUGCUCUGCAGGAAAGCACAGCCAAUGUGGAGGAGUGGAAGAAACAACUCGCUGCUUAUAAAGAAGAAAGCGCCAGAUUAAAAAAGCGGUUACUGGACCAGGAGAAAGGCGGUGGAGGUGAGAGCCAUAUGGUGGCCCAGCUGACCGACCAGAUUGAGCGCAUACGCCUGGAUAACCACAACAAGCAGGAGGAGAUCAAGAGGCUGAACAGCCAGUUGCAGGAAGUGACGGCCAGAGACACUCAGAACUCAACUCUCCAGGCCCGGAUACAGGCAUUAGAGGAAGAAAACCAUUCACUGAACCUGAGACUGCAGGACUCUCAAAGGCAGUUGCAAGAUGGGCGGUCGUCGAGGGACCAAGAACACAGAGAGCUGCUCAGUCUGCAGGAGGCACUUGGCGGUCGCAUCCGGGACCUGUACGAGGCACACGAGACCGUUGUGGCCACACUGAAGAAAGAGUCCAACAGUUAGGGUUUUGUUCCGGGGAGAGGUGGGCGACGGGUGUGGGAGGGGCGUGUGUGAUUGGGUUGACGACUGGGGAGAGGUGGGGGACGGGUGUGGGAGGGGCGUGUGUCUGGGUUGACGACUGGGGAGAGGUGGGCGAAGGGUGUGUGGGAGGGGUGUGUGACAGGGUGGAGCAAUAGUAUUAUUUAUGAGUUGGUGGGUAGAACUAGAAGUAAUAGAAGCAAGGAUUUGGUUGUGAAAAGUGGAACAUAUUGUUGUUGUAGGUGGUUGUUGUUGCAGUCUUUGGGUAAUAAUAUUCAUACAAGCGAUAAUUUACAUAGACUGAUUUUUGUUGUGUGGCUUAACUUGCAUGUAUAAAGUAGUGCCAGGGCAUCGUAUUAGUGUAUUUUGUCCUAGGCAGGGUGUUACUCAUUCUGCUGAAUGAGGUAGGAUAAGAGUGAGAGUUUGGGAAAAGGUUUGUCAUUUUCAUAAUUGUUUUCAGAGGAAUAUUCUUGUGCUGUGAUCUUUGGGACAUAGUUUUAUUAGACCUUUAUUCUGUUCAGAUUCUUAAGGACAAUUUUUGGUGCAGUCUCAAGGGGAUUCAACUGUGGCAUAAAUCACUUCUGAGCAACUGUUGAAAGCGCAGGGAGGGAGGGGGAGGGGAUGGGAAUGCCUGCUUUUGAAGGAGAUAUGGUGUUUGCCUCUCAUUCCAAGGUACAUAAUUUAUAUUUACAAAGUAGGCAGAUGACUUUGGAGGUUUGUUUCUCAGUCAUUUCGCUUCCAUGGUCAUAGAGGACAUGGGGUCUUUUGGUUAGGUGGAAUGAUAGUAGCGGUCAUUGUACUUGUAAAAGAAAUGGACACCUUGGAAGUUGGAGAAGAGCAGGCAUAUCUAAGUCAGCCGCUGGUGCGAAGUUCAAAUUUUAGUCUGUACCUAAAGUAGGAGAAAUUGACUAUUGAAAGUACUUUUGAAAGUGGAAUAUGGCUGUCAGAAAGGCGAAGAACACUUCUUUGUAGACUGAAUAUAGAAAUGUACUUAAAUAUCAGUUCAGUGCAGGUUGACAUGUCUGUUGUUGAUUGUCACUAAAUUUUAGCAUGGAGAAAUCGCAGAAGAAGGAAAGACAAUUGUACACUAUAAAAGCUAAUCAGGAGGCCAGCUUCAUCUGUUGUGCUGAGUGAGCAAUUUAGUUUUUGACAGGGGUGUAAAAAUGAGUCACUUAUGCAGUGGUAGAUAUUAAAGAGCAGUCACUGAUGUUUUGCGCGCUGUUUGUGUUUUACUAAAAACUUGAUAAAGAGAUCUGUGAAGUUGAAUGCUACAUUUUUUUUUUGGGACAGGUAUUUUAAUUCUCAAUAAAUCUGAUUGUGAUGAUUUUGGUCAGAAAAAGAAUAUUUGCUUUUGGAGACUUGUGCUGUUUAAGUCAGCCCAAUGUGAAAGAAACGUCCAUGUCUCAUGUAAGGUUUAGAGAAAUAAUCUUUUGCUUGGAUUUUUUAAUAGAGUAUUGUAACUUUUUUGUUGUUGCAAUUUAUGGUAUUUUUCUAUUUGUAUCACAUUUUUUUCUCAAUGAAUCUUGCAAGGGAUAUUCUUAUGGGUUCUUUCUUUAAACUGACAUCUUUUUCCGGGGCUAGUUUUUAUGAUAGUUUUGUGAGUCAUUGGUCAAUCAAGCUUAGGAGAAAGAAUAAUAGAAUGUGUGGCCUGUUUUACUAGUCUUCUUUGGAAAUUCAUUGUCACAAUAAAAUGGCAAACUGUGUUGUUUUAUAUUAUGUGAAAUAUAUUGAGUAUAAAGAACUGAAAGUAUUGAUCUCAGUUUGAGACUUCUAUUAUGUUGCCGAAGUGGGUAGAUAUGGAGCUCAGUGGUAGGCGUUGUGAUUGAUUGACGUGGUUGUGAUAGAUGUGAACAAAGUAAUGAAGGGCUGCAGAUACCCAAGUUUUGUUACACACUUUUUGGUGCUGAUAUUUUUGUCAUUAUGGUUUUGAGUUUGGAUGUAAAUGUGUGUGUGUGUGUGUGUGUGUGUGUGUGUGUGUGUGUGUGUGUGUGUGCGUGCGCGCGUGCGUGAACAAGAGCAAGAAAGUGUAUUUGUGUGUUUGAAAUAGUAGAUAUGCAUUUGUGUGCUAAGAAUUUGAUUGGCCAUGUGUGCAUGUGGACUUGCAUGUGUGUGUGUGAUUGUACAACAGGUUAUAUGUAUGUGAUUGACUACUCAGUGUAAGAUUCUGCCACACAUCAUUUUGAAAAGUGACAUAUGUGACAGAGUUUUAUUCCGAGCCGUCGACAUACUCCUGUGCUGUAUUUGUGUGAUUGCCUGAUUGCUUGCAUGUUUCUGAGAGUAGAUUAAAUCUAUAUAAAUCUAUUUAUAUAUAUAUAUAUCUGAGUGGACUGAUGAGCAUAAGCACAUAAUGUGUUGUACUGGUUAUAGCAUUUAUACUAACAAUACCUCCUACAGCCCUCACGCUUGUGGUCCCUGUCAUUUUGUCAUCAUCGUGGCCACAGUUUGUACUUAAUGUAAAUAGAUUCUCAUUUCUCACACUCACCUCGCAUGAUGCCUAUGUCAGGGCUGCCAAGUGCUAUGUGUUCCAAGAGACAGUAACAGUGAUACAUCUUUUGUCCUUUAGUGCCACAUUUAACUCAAGUGUCUACCAACACACUUUUUUGUACGCCUUUUUGAAAGGAAGUGUUGUGGCUUCCAAAUUCGCCUGUGGUAAAUUAUCUUGUGCUGAAUACAGAUUUUUUUCUUCUUUGUCAUGGGAUUACUGAAUUCAUAUGACCUUCUUGAAAGUAACCUUUUCUGGAAGCGUUUUUAAGUGUAGAUUCUGACCAUAGACAUUAACAAAGAAUGUGUUUGAGGAUUAUAAUAGGACCGCCAAGUCUGGCCAAUGUGUCCUUUGUUUUUUUCCCUUUUGGCAGCUCUGCUAUAUUCAUCUUGCAAAAUCAUCAUCCACUAUAUCAAAGAUGUAUCUAUUUUGUCAAACCUAACUUAAUUUGUUUGUGUGAUAAAUGAUUUGUGUUUGCAGUAUAGUCUCCAUUGUAUAGCCUUUUUCAAAUAAUCUUUUAAGUCCUUGUUUUCUCAGAGCAUAGCCUAUGAGCAUGAAGAUGUAGUUGGCACAGUAUUUCUGUUCUUUAGACAAGACAGUAGGUAGAGAAUGCCAGUGGUGGGAGCCUCUUCCUUGUUUUUCCAUCUUUGUGAUAACCAUCUUAUAUUUUCUCAGUACCACAUGAACAUUAUUUGGCAAGGUGCCUUUCUUCUACCAAAAUAACAAAUGCAUUUGUUGUCU